AUGAGACUCACUUCGGAAACACUACUUGAGGCACCUAAGCGCUCAAACCCAACUCCAAACGCCGCAGGCACUCUUGCAGUGUAUACUCAAAGCACGUACUCUUUCCGCUCUCAAACAGAGAAAAAGGAGAUUCGCGUUGUGGACCUUGCGACUGGUCGAUCAUGUUGUGUCACUGAGAAUCCCAACGCCAGAUCACCUCAAUGGGUAUCAAGAAGCAAUCAGCUUAUAUGGCUUGAAUGGCUGGAAAGCGGUAACACUGACUUGAUGGUCGGUGACGCACAGUGCACUACCACUGAGAUCUAUAAAGCCGGCACAGUCCCCGGCCAAGCCUUUGACCUCAAGGUGACCGGGCAACUUCCGUUUCGAGAGGACGACGAGAACGAUCUCGCGUUUGCGAUCAGUGGCAGGGCAAAUCCAAAUGGGUCUCUGGUGAACCCGAAGCAGAUUGCGGGAUUCACUGGCCAUAGCACUGGCCGUUUCUACACUACCUUUCCAGUCAGAGAUGAAUGCUCGUAUGUGAGCGAAUUGAAGAACUCCAUCUGGUAUGGGUCUCUGCGAAGAGGGUCCAAGCCGGGGAGUCGGUAUAGUAUCUCGGGCAUUUCUAAUCUCAUGAUAUUUGCGGGACUAGAGGGGUUAGAGUCGCCCAUGUCACCUUUGGGAGGGGAAGAGACCUCGCGAGAAUUUGAAAUUAACCCCUUUGCCAUGGUAUUUGUUGCCAGGGACAGAGAAGUCAACAGUGCUACUCAUACAGCAUGCUCAUGCUAUGUCCAACCCGUGGAACGCUGGGAUCAACAGAACAGAGACCUUAUCUAUCAAGUAUGGCGGUAUCGGGGAUUAGGAGGAGCAAUAUCAUCACUUGCAGUGGAUAAGUCAGAUGAAAAUCGACCAGUCGUCUUCCUAUCCCAGAAGAGAGAUGGAAACAAGGCCGACAAAAAUCGCAUCAUAUACAUACCGGCGCCAGGAAGUUAUGAUGUGUAUGAGAUAUUCGCAUCUGCUGAUGGCAACGGACUAUGGGAUCUUAGCCCGUGCGCCAUCUCAUUUGGGAACAACCUCGAGACCCCUACAUGGAAUAUCUUUGACCUAGCCGCUCUGACCGAAUUCCCCAAGAUAUUAUCUGCAAGUCGCGCAACGGAUCUGGGGCUCUCUAAGGCACAAGUCGAUGUGAUUUGGUUCGAUAGCACUGGCAAUCGCAGAAUCCAGGCCUGGGUGAUCAAACCGUCCAAGUUCGACCCACAGCAGCGAUACCCAUUGGCAUACUUUAUUCAUGGCGGCCCUCAGAGCGCGUGGAACAACCAGUGGAGCGUCCAAUGGAAUUUGGCAUUGUUCGCAGAGCAUGGCUUUGUUGUUGUUGCGCCCAACCCGGCAGGGAGCUCUGGGUUUGGGCAAGUUUUCAUAGAUUCCAGCCAAUGUUCCUGGGGCGCGCUGCCUUAUAUAGACCUUGAGCGAGGCUUUGAAUAUCUGCAACAAAAUGAGAGCCUCCGAUACAUUGACACUACUCGCUCCGUCGCGGUUGGUGCCGGGUACGGGGGAUACAUGGUUAACUGGAUCCAAGGCCAUGAGUUUGGCCGUAAAUUCAAGGCCCUUGUGACGCAUGAUGGGAUUUUUAGUAUGACCUCCCAAUUAGCAAGCAAUCGGCAACACUUUAUCAAUGAACUUGGAGGUCCCAUUUGGGAAACUCCGGAUGAGUGGAGGAAAUGGGAUCCAGCACGAUUUACUGCGAGCUGGCAAACUCCGCAUUUAGUUAUCCAUUGCGAGUUGAAUUACAAGAGGGUCAUUGCCGAUGGAUUAGCCGCUUUCACUGUUCUCCAGCUCAGAGGCGUGAAUAGUGCGCUUCUGGUGUUCCCAGACGAAGGUGAUCCGAUCGUCAAUCCGGAAAAUAAUUUGCUUUGUUACCGCACUGUGAUUGAUUGGAUGAGAAAGUACAGCGCUCAGAAAUUUUAG